CUAUUCCCUUUUUUUCCCUUCUUCUUACAUCUCAAACGGUCUUCAUUUUCUCUGCUCGGACAUCAAUCGUCUCCUCGAAAUUUCUCUCUUUUUUUCUCGAUUCUCCGCGUUUUGUUCCUUCGUCAGACAAUUUCUUGCUUCAUGUUCUUUCUUGAAUUUGAGAAAUUUGAGAAAUUCUCUGUUUCUUGAAUCUGGGUAUCCCCAGUUUUGCCGAUUGGUUUCUGGGUCUGAUUGCAAUUGGGAAUCAGGGUUCUUUUGAUUUGGGUUCGGAUUGGAUCUAUAGAGGAGGGGAUUGAAGGCGAUGCACGUCGCCAGAUUCUGCGAAAGAGUUUAUACAAAGAUGGUAGAAGGGGGAUCUCGUUACUGUUCAAAGAAGAAGGAUGAUAUCUGCUAUGGGGACUCUGGUCGGGGAUUAAGCAUGUCAAGGUUAAAAUGUCUGCUUCGCGGCCUGGACUUGAAAGUUUUGAUCUUUCUUUUCGUUCUGAUACCGACUUGUGGUUUCGGCAUCUAUGUCCAUGGCCAGAAAAUCACUUACUUCUUGAGACCGUUAUGGGAGAAACCCCCGAAACCGUUCCAUGAAAUCCCCCACUACUAUGACCCCAAUGUGACAAUGGAGAAUCUGUGCAAGCUUCAUGGGUGGGGAGUCCGGGAGUUCCCCAGACGGGUUUAUGAUGCUGUGCUGUUCAGUAAUGAAGUGGACAUGCUGACUGUGAGAUGGAAGGAACUAUACCCUUACGUGACAGAGUUUGUUCUUCUUGAAUCGAACUCGACUUUCACUGGCUUGCCAAAGCCGCUGUACUUUGCCAAGAACAGGAAGGGUUUUGAGUUUGUUGAGCCAAGACUGACUUAUGGUAAAAUUCCAGGGAGAUUUAAGAGGGGAGAAAACCCGUUUGUCGAGGAGGCUUAUCAGCGAUUGGCCCUAGACUAUCUCCUCAAACAAGCUGGCAUUCAAGAUGAUGACUUGUUGAUCAUGUCAGAUGUCGACGAAAUCCCAAGUGGGCACACCAUAAAUCUCUUGAGGUGGUGUGAGGGUACCCCUCCAGUCCUCCACCUAAGACUCAAGAAUUACCUCUACUCGUUCGAGUUCUUUGUUGACAACAACAGUUGGAGGGCUUCAGCCCACAGGUAUCAAUCCGGCAAGACAAGAUAUGCCCACUACAGACAGUCAGAUGAGAUCUUGGCUGAUGCAGGGUGGCACUGCAGCUUCUGCUUUCGCCGUAUCAGCGAGUUCAUAUUCAAGAUGAAAGCUUACAGCCAUUGCGACAGAAUAAGGUUCUCCCAUUUCCUCAACCCCAAGAGAGUGCAGAAGGUGAUAUGUGAAGGGGAGGAUCUGUUUGAUAUGCUCCCGGAGGAGCACACUUUCAAGGAGAUCAUUGGGAAGAUGGGGCCCAUCCCACGCUCCUACUCUGCCGUUCAUCUCCCCUCCCAUCUCUUGCAGGACUUUGACCGUUACAAGUUUCUAUUGCCCGGGAACUGCAUCAGAGAAACUGGAUGAUGAUGAUGAUGAUCAAAGUGAGAGUAGUUAGUUACUCUUAACUGCUAAACCCCCCAUCCUCUAAAUGAGAUAGGCCUUGUUUGGGAACAACUCUUUCUAUUAAAUGGUGUGCAUUAACUCUGAAAAUGUUAAGCUCAAUGCUGUCAUUACAUAGCCUUUUCAAGACGCUUAACCUAAACACUGAAGUUGUUUCCAAACAGGCCCAUAAUGUAGGAUGUUUUUCGGAUGAAUUCCCACUCUCGGGCGAUCUGAAUAGAACAAUGAUUCUUUA